GGGGUGUUCCCGGCGCGCGGCUCGGGCGGAGCGUGGGCUGCCGGGGGUGUGGAACCGAGGCGAGCACGGCCCCGCGAGGAGUUAGGAGUUUCUCCAGAGAAUGGGUCCAGUAAUUGGAAUGACUCCAGAUAAGAGAGCUGAGACCCCAGGAGCUGAGAAGGUUGCAGGACUGAGUCAGAUUUACAAAAUGGGAAGUUUGCCAGAAGCUGGGGAUGCUGCCAGACCAAAGGCCACUCUAGUGGGCAGUGACUCAGCAGAUGACGACGAGCUAACAAACUUGAACUGGCUUCAUGAGAGUAGUAAUCUUCUAACACACCUCAGGCUGGGAAGUGCAGGCCUCCCAGUGGUUAGCCCGCUGUAUGACAUAGAGGGGGAUGGUAUGCCAUCCUUUGGACCGUCCUGCUACAAGAGCCCAGAGCAACCAUCAGCCACGGCAAAGCCCCCGUACUCCUUUAGUCUUCUCAUUUAUAUGGCUAUUGAACACUCGCCAAAUAAAUGCCUGCCUGUCAAAGACAUUUACAGCUGGAUUCUGGAUCGCUUCCCAUACUUUGCCACUGCACCUACAGGCUGGAAGAAUUCUGUUAGGCAUAAUCUAUCUCUGAAUAAAUGUUUCCAGAAAGUGGAGAGAAGUCAUGGCAAGGUUAAUGGAAAAGGCUCCUUAUGGCGUGUUGAUCCAGAAUAUAAGCCCAACCUUAUGCAGGCCUUGAAGAAGCAACCUUUUUCCUCUCCACAAAGUGCUUCUUCAUCAUCUCACUACUUAAGCUCUGUUCUCAAGCAGAGUCAAGUGCCAACUCUUAAAGAAUCUGAUAUUGAUGCUGCCACUGCAAUGAUACUUUUAAAUACUUCAAUAGAACAAGAGAUUUUAGAAUGUGAGAAGCCUCUGCCUCUUAAAACAUCAUUGCAGAAAAAGAGGAGUUACGGCAGCGCCUUCAGUGCCCCCAGUGCUGUGCAGCUGCAGGAGGGCCAUUCUCCAGCCUCCAGCCUCGACCCAAAAGCAGACCAUAAUUACAGUGCCCGCAGUGUGGCAGCCCAGCGCUGCGCAUCCAGGGCCAGCAUGUCUUCCCUGUCUUCUGUGGAUGAGGUGGAUGAGUUCACCCCAAAGAGCAGCCACGGAGGGAGUGAGGGCAGCGAAAGCUUCCACAGUGAGGAGGAGACGGAGGCCGAGGAGGAGGACGACCCUCUUGGAGACAGUGGCUAUGCACCACAAGCUCAUGGAGACAGCACUCUGAAAGGACAGCCAGGCAGAAAGAUGCCAAAACAGUUCUGCCACGAGAUUGAUGAGGAGCUGAAAGAAGCGGCGGGCUCUCUGCUGCACCUUGCUGGGGUCCGCACCUGCCUGGGCUCCCUGAUGAGCACUGCAAAGGCGCAGAGCCAGAAACUCCGAGGAAGUAGAGACUCAGAGGGUGGCGGAUUCUGAGCCGUGGCAGUACUCUCCUACGUAACUUUUACAAGGGAUACCAGAGCCAUAUCGGAUGGGCCUCCUUAGCUGAGGCAGGCAGGGGUGCCACUUGUUUUCUUUCUAAGUAUUUUUUGGUUGCUUUUUUGUUUGUUUGUUUAAUUAAACAGUUGCUCUUAGGAUCAUGCCUAAUUGUAAAUCUGAUAUAAAGGACCCCAAAACAUAAUUUCUGUGAAUAAGUGUCUCCCAGAUUUGGAAAGUUUUGUAUUGGAAAAUUCUCAGCCUCUGUCUUAAACUUAUAGGAAAAAAAUCUCUUUGUUAAUUGGUAAAAAGUUGGUAACUGGAACUUUUCCUUCUCCUUCCCAUUCCGCCAUUACCUAGUUCCUGGCACCUUCCGCACAUGCUUCUCCCCUGACUCAGGGCGGAAGGUGCGAGGGGACCUUUGUCUUGUCCUCAGUCUUGGUUGCGGCAUGAGCAUGGCCAUAUGAGUUGGAAGACCCUAGAUGUUCGCAAGGGUCUCUGGUCUGUGAGAAGACAGCCAUUCUAAGGAUCAGGAAAGGCCAUUUGGGGAUGGGGAUGGGGCUCAUCUCAAGACUAACUCCUCCUGCAAUAGUAUCUUUGAAAUGUUUUUACCUCACAGUUAAUGCAUAGCAUCACUGGGGCCUUUACCCUUUCCCAGAGCACUCUACAGGUAUUUAAGUUUUAGCUGCUAGCUGUCUUGGUUAAGUAAGAAUUGCCUGAUGAAAGGAUAUGGCCAGGGUGUGUGAUAGAAUAACAUUCAUGUUGACACACGUGCAUACUCGCAAGAACGAGAAUCUUGCAUUUGUUUUCUAAACGCACUGUAAUGAAGAUACAUUAUGACAUCGGUAGUCAAGGAAGGUCGUCGACGGCAAGAUUUUCCAAGCUUUGUAUUCUUAAAAUUAAAUGUGUAAUGAAUUAGAUUUAAAACAUUAUUAAAUGUUCCUACUAAGGAAAAUAUAGAGAUAAAUAUCUUCAGGGAUUUCAAAAUACAUAUAAAAAUUGGAUCUUAAAUAAAACUUUUUGAGAAGGCAAUGUAAUACCUGUAUGUGCCAUUAAUCCACACUAAAAAAUUUUAUAUUACUAUUUCAAAACUGCAUUGGCUAAGAUAUUUUAAGUAUUUGAAUGGAACUGAUUAUAGGAGACAGUUUUCAUAUCACUUAUAGUUUGAUUAUAGUAUUUAGAACAGGGAUGCUAAUACUGUAACUCAUAUAUAUAUUUUUACAGUGGUGGGAGAAACUUUGGGAAAAUUUAGUCUUGUUUCAUGCUACGUCCUGUAUUCUAGACAGUGACCUUUGACUUUUUCUCAUUUAUAUGCAUACAUACACUUGCUGUACGCACACAUACACAGGCUCAGGUUAAUUCCCUGCUUUCAAAUGUUUUUAUGACUAUAAAGCAUUUUCUUGGACUUUUUUAAAGAGACAAAUGUUUUUACUUUUACUUCUAAUUUUUUUUCUCCGCAAUACUGUCAAAUGACAAUUAAAACAAUAGGUUGUUUCUUGAUUGACAACACUUAAGCUAUAACAGUAUUGGUACACUCCUGUUUCCAUGGUAGUUGUAAUUGAAUCUGGAUAGCCGAAUUAAUGGAAUUGGUGCUACUAAAAUAUAGACAUUUUUCUUUUAUUGAUAAUGCUUGAUGGGGAAUUUGGAAUUUUUCUAAUUCAUAAAUGUUAUCUUUCCAGAAAACAGUUAAACGAGAUUAGUUUUCACUGCAGACAAUGAAUAAAACACCAAACAGAAGUGUUGUCGUACUGUGGUACAAGUCUGGAAGAGAUGGUCGAGUUCAGUUGGUAGCCCAGAAUUGUGAGGCUCAUCCCCACGCCCCUCACAGGGCCGCUGCAUCCCAUGUUCCACCGCCAGUCCGUCUUGUCUCUUACGUCCCCGUUCUUGCAAGCUGUUGUGCAAAUGGAGGGAAAUGAUCUGAAGUAAGAGGAAAGAGUUGUUCUCAGCUCCAAGAGAAAGCCCUCCCAGAGUGUGUGUGGGCAGUAACCUAAAGUUCCUUUCCCUCCUUCUUCAGUGGCCUCUUAGUGAAAGCGGCAGCUAUUAGCAAGGGUCAUCUGUGCCUGUGCGCUACACUAAGGGUCAUCUGUGCCUGUGCACUGCACUAAGGGUCAUCUGUGCCUGUGCACUACACUAAGGGUCAUCUGUGCCUGUGCACUACACUAAGGGUCAUCUGUGCCUGUGCACUGCACUAAGGGUCAUCUGUGCCUGUGCACUGCACUAAGGAGCAGAGGUCCUGACAGCUCGCACUUAGCUCUCUUACAGGAUGGAGUUCUCCCUUUUCAUUGGCUGCUGUGUGCAGACACCCAUCUCAGGGGAGAGCCCUUAUGACUUGGCCCCUUGUAAUCCUCUUGGAGAUUACGCUCCUGUCUGGUGUGCUCAGAUUGAAGUGUGGCUGGGACCCCAACAGGUGAGGGGGUCGUCCUGAAGUUUAUGGGCGAACUUCCUAGUAAAUAACAAGCUUUGUGUAAUAAACACAGCUUAGAAAUCCAGGGACAACAUACAUGUCAGUAAUUUAAAACUGGUUUUACUAAGGUAUACUUUGUCUUACACCAAAAUAAGAAUUUUGUUGGAACCACUUUCAUUUCUAAUGGAUUCCUAAUAAAAGUUAUGUCUUAGCACUAUUAACUUUAUUUUCCACUUUGCCAAGAGAAUCAGUGUUUCUUGAGUAUGUCUUUGAAAUUUGUUUGUGCAAUAUAUUACUAAAAUAGUUGAUUUUUUUGCUUUCAAAUUUAGAAUGAAACGUUGGCUAAAUCAGUAGAAAAGCAAGGGGGUGCAUCACCCACUUUCCUCGGAGCCUUUGCUGGUCUCCGGCAGCUCCACUUCUCCUAACUCAGAGUCAUUGUAUAUCGUAAAGUUUAGCAUAUGUUCUCACUGCUUUCUGAGGCAUUAUGUAAAGAGUUCAUACUAGAUGGUCAGUCAAAUACAUACUGGCAGAGUUCAAAGCUAGAGCAAGUGUUGAGGGAAAGCUUGUGUCUUGUAGACUGGAGAGUAGCUUAGGCUGUUGUCUCAGAUGGACAGCAGCUUAACGCCCUUUGAAACUGUGUAAAGCAACAUUUGAGGCUUUCUGGUUUACAGAUACGUGAAGGGUUUUUUUUUUAAUUUUGAAAUGUUUAAGUUUUGAUUAAAGUUUACUCCAAUGUGUUAAUGAUGUAAUCAAAUAUUUAUUGAAAGGCAAAAUAGAAUAUUUUAAUGUUAUCCCUGCCAUUUUUCAAGAUUAUUCUUUGCAUCUAACUGCCAGUGCCAUUGUCAAACUUGUUUUCAAAAUUGUUGUACUUUUUUUUAUUAAACAGAGUGCUUAAUUUUAAAGUAUUAUGUUGCCAUCAUAUAGUGUAUAAAAUGUAAAAUUGCCAAUUCAUUGUAACUAUUAUUUAUUUUUAAACUGAAGUAUAAGAAUACCUUUUGAUUUAAAAAAAAUUGUUAUUGUUUUCUCUUUUCUGAUGUAGCAUAAAAACUUGUGAGUUUAACUGCCAAUAUAGACGACCAGCCACACAUGAGCCACCGCUCAGUCGCCAGCGCUGCUCAUUGAACAAGCAGCUUACAGAGUUUUUGUAUCUAAUCUCUGACUAUUAAAUGUUUAUAAAGUUUAUUUUUACCAAAGAGAUGCAAUUCAUUAUGAUAAAGUUGCAGAAUAAAUGUCGUUUUAUAACA